AUGUAUACUGGACCACUUUACCAAACCCAAAUAAUCCAAAGGGAUCUUCAAAAAACAUCGAAAUUUCAAUAUGCUUUUACGAACCCUCAAGUUGAAAGCAAGAACUUCUUCGAAAUAGUCAGUGGAAAGGUGAAGAAAUACCUUGUGCUGUUUCUGGAAACUUCUUCCAUCCACGGGCUGAACCAUCUGGUGGCGACAAGGAGACAUCCUUUUGAAAUUCUCCUCUGGUUAACCAUGGUGGUCCUCUCCGUGUUCGGAGCAGUCUACCUCUCCCGCAUGACCUGGUUGCGCUACCAGUCUUCACCCACCGUCGUCUCCAUGGACCGGGACAUGUUCGCCUGGAACACUACGUUCCCUUGCGUCACUAUUUGUCCGAACAACAAGCUGGAUAAGAAGAAACUGGCUGCUUAUAUUGAGUCUUCACCAGAACCAGACAAAGAAAAACUGGAAUCAUUCAUCAGAGCUCUUGCCAACGCGACUUACGAAAAUUUCGACACAAUCCCAGAUUACGACGGAAUUAAUCCAAACGAUUAUAUGGACCUUCUUCUAAAUCUGUCAGGAACUUUCAAACCUAUCUUGACCAUUGGAGCGUCAGGCAUCAGUUUGCAUAUCAUACCGACUAUAACGGAAAUGGGGUUAUGCUAUGGAGUCAAUUCUAAAGUGGCGAUUUAUAACUCUCCGACUUACAGGGCAGCAAAUAGAUGGGAUAUUGUGCAUUCUAACAAUAAUACAUUCUUCGUUCACCCCCUUGACGGAGAAGUCUUCGCGCAGGUCAUCAACCUGUCAACAGCUUACGACGCAUACAUCCAUGGACCAUUGGAAGUACCAGACGUGGCCACAAAACAUCAGCACUCAGAGGAGGAUUAUUAUAUGAAGCUAUACGUCACUGCUCUUACGGUCUACACAGCGCCUGAAGCGGCUAAAUUGAGCGUAGCCCAAAGGCGUUGCCGAUUUCUUCACGAGAACAAUUUGAAGCACAAUGCCGUGUACACCUACACCAUGUGCCGCAUGGAGUGCCGCAUCAGGCUGUGUCUGAAGCAUUGCAAAUGUAUACCGCACUUUUAUAGAAGAAUCGGCGAUGAGAAAGUAUGUGACGUCAAAGGAUUGCACUGCUUAGCGAAACAUACAGACGAGCUAUAUCAAUUACAAACCAAAGAGGGAAAGUUAACUAAAAGAUUGAACUGCGGCUGUUAUCCGAUAUGUGACGACGUGAAUUACGUGAUACAAUCCAAUGUAUUACAAGAAUGGUUCUUGGGUACCAAUUUGCAAUGGGGUAUAGUGACUUAUCCGAGGAUGAGGUACCGACGGGAUAUCAUUUUUGGAUUCACAGACGUGUUGGUGCAAUUGGGCGGCAUGGCUGGUCUUUUUCUGGGUUGCAGCGUACUGAGUUUCAUGGAAAUUGUAUAUUUUCUAUCACUUAGGCUUAUAUGCUAUGCUCAUGUUGGCAGAAAGAAGUAA